GUAAUAUUGCAACAGCGGAAAUGGAUGAAUAUUUUGUGGUUGUAUAUCGACCUUAAUGGUUCGAAUCAUUUCAAAAUAUAAUCUAACAUACGUUAUACUAGUAAAUAAUUUAUUUACAAGAACAGCUCAAAUCCAGUGACGUGUAGUGGUCCUUAAAUCAUAAACAUCACCGAAAUGGUCCAAAUGAACAGCAUGUAAGACUCGAAGAACGCUUGCAAUAUUCCAGACCGCCAAAGUCGGAAGCAAUCAUGCAGGAGAAAAUGAUGAAAGUAAUUGAUGACGCACGAGAUUUUGUUGCUCGUUUAGAAAAUUCAAGUGAUCCUCGAGUGAAAGAUUGGCCACUAGUCCAAGAUGUCAGAUGUCCACUUGCGGCAAUCACGUGCUACAUCCUAAUUGUAAUUAUUGGGCCUAAACUCAUGCGAAAUCGUAAAGCGCUAGAAGUGAAGUUUUUAAUGACAGUUUAUAACCUUUUGGCCGUCAUUCUCAGCGCUUACAUGCUCAUAAAGAUAAUAUUACGUGUCACAGAAGCAAAAUACAAUAUGUUUUGUCAACCUAUAAACCAUUCUUUUGACAACCCCCUCGAAAUGGAGAUUGCAAGACUGCUAUGGAUCCACUAUAUGUCGAAAUACUUUGAAAUGCUGGACACUCUCAUAUUUAUUGUUCGUAAGAAAGAGACUCAGAUUUCGUUUCUCCAUGUUUAUCACCAUACUACAGUAAUUUUACUUUGGUGGAUUGGUACCAAAUGGCUUCCGGGUGGAUCUUCGUUCGUUCCAGCUGUAAUAAACUCGUUUGUUCACGUUGUGAUGUACACUUACUAUGGACUGAGUAGGUAUCCUACUUUACGAAAAUAUCUUUGGUGGAAACGAUAUUUAACUCAACUUCAAAUGACCCAAUUCUGCUUGCUCAUAUCCCAUUCGCUCUACGUGGCUGUAAGUGAUUGUCGAAGCAUAUUUCCACCGUAUAUGGCGAUCGUAUGUAUAUUAUACGCGAUUACAUUGCUGUUACUCUUUGGAAAGUUUUAUCUUGGUGCCUACUUUAAUCAAAAGAAGGAAAGCAAGAGCAUAGAUGGAUAUGGAGGAGCUAUCAUGAGCAACGGGGACAAAAACAAGAAACUUUGAAUGACCAUAGAAAUACUAUAAAAAUCACAAACAAAAAAGUCUGAUCAAACGAAAAAUACUAAAUAGGAGCUAUCUUUGGCAAUGGCAAUAAAAACAAAAAUCUUUAAACAACCUUGGAAAUAUUAUGAAAAUCACAAACAAAGAACAAUCAUCCACAUAAAGUUUUUUUAUCUUGGCUGGAAAUCUUCAAUAAAAUAUAAUAAUUUUCUUUGUAAAAAUAUCUGCCAGUCAUUUUUCUUCUGUAUUUGAAGAUCAAUAAUACAACAUGUAAUGGUUAUAAUAAUCUGCUGUUGAAAAUGUUCAUGCAAAUGAUUUCACUUCAAUUUGUUAACUAGAAACCCAGGUCAACGUAGUCUCUUCCACUUUGACAUGAUGUGUAUACAUACAAAGACAAUUUUACAAGCGAAAUUGUAUAAAUGAAUGAAUUCUCAAAAAGAAAGCAAAAUAUAUUCAGAUGGUAGUUAUCAUAGCGAGAGUGAACUGUACAUUGUCCAUUUUACAGCGUAAAUUGCUUCAUUAUAAAACUUUUAAAAAAUGAAAA